CAUUUGAGAAAUUGUUGAUUUCCGAAAUCAAUAGAGGAAUUUUCCAUUAAAGUAUAGAAAUUUACGCAAAAAGUUUACUUAAAUAAUAAACAAGAUUAAAAAAAUAUGUUUAGCAGCUAAAAAAAAUAUAAACUUAUUUGUGUCUACUGUUUAGUCUGAGUGAAAUCCUAGUGUAAUUUUUUGUGGUGGCAAGACAAUUGCAUUGCGUCUGCUUCCAUACACAAGCGGGCAAGCUGCCGCCAAACGUAGUUAUUUUUUUUUUGUCUAAUAUACAGUUAAAGACAAUUGGGUUACGAAAUUUGUAAACAGUUAAACAAUACAGCAGCACAAACAUGGAUCAAAUGUUGAGUCCAGGGUUUUCCAUACCCAGUAUUGGAACACCUCUGCAUCAGAUGGACCCCGAUCAACAGAUAGUGGCCAAUCCUGUGUACCAUCCAUCGGCUAUGAAUCAACAACACAAUAAUCAUGAUAUGAACACUAAUGGAGCACACAAUCCAAAUGUGUCGUCCAAUAAUAUGUAUGGUCAUGAUUUAAGUCACAUUAUGGGUGGAAAUUCGCCGGCACCUGGCUCGAAUACACCAAAUAUGGGACAACAUCCUACAUUGCCAGUACCUCAUAAACAGAUGCAAUCAUAUCAACCCUCAUAUCAAAGCUCAAUGGCGUCUACCAUGGGAACACAAAAUAAUGUGAGUGGCGGGAGUACGGGAGCGGCACCGCAAUCGCUAAUGCAACCACAGACACCCCAAAGUCUUAUGUCGCCCAUGGUGCCGAUGAGUGAUAGAACUGAUAAUUUAAGCAAUAUACAUCAAACUAUGGGCCCGGCGACGCCAAUGACACCCAUGACUCCGGGUUCGGCGGAUCCAGGAAUUGUACCACAACUACAAAAUAUUGUUUCCACUGUUAAUUUAUGCUGUAAGCUGGAUUUAAAAAAGAUUGCUUUACAUGCCCGUAAUGCCGAAUACAAUCCCAAACGUUUUGCUGCGGUUAUAAUGCGUAUUCGUGAACCUCGUACCACAGCUUUGAUAUUCUCCUCAGGUAAAAUGGUGUGUACUGGGGCGAAGAGUGAAGAUGAUUCACGUUUGGCCGCCCGUAAAUACGCCAGAAUUAUACAGAAAUUGGGUUUUCCGGCCAAAUUCCUCGAUUUUAAAAUCCAAAAUAUGGUUGGCUCUUGUGAUGUUAAAUUUCCUAUACGUUUGGAGGGUCUGGUACUUACCCAUUGUAAUUUCUCUUCGUAUGAACCUGAACUGUUUCCUGGUCUUAUCUAUCGUAUGGUACGUCCACGUAUUGUCCUACUAAUAUUCGUUUCUGGCAAAGUUGUAUUAACGGGAGCCAAAGUACGCGGAGAAAUCUAUGAGGCAUUUGAUAAGAUAUUUCCUAUUUUGAAAAAGUUUAAGAAACAAUCUUAACAAAAUACGUUUGUUACAAAUUGCUAUUGUAGCAAUACAAAAAAGAAGCUUUAUUUCUUUUUAAUAA